AUGAUGAUCAUCUCUCCCGCAAAGCAGCGCCGUGAAACCAUUGCGUCGCCGCCGCCGGUAACUCUCCCGGAUGAACUCAUUACUGAAGUUCUGUCUUUUCUCAAAGUGAAAUCACUUAUGCGGCUCAAGUGUGUGAGCAAGUCUUGGAACUCGUUCAUCUCCGAUCCUUUCUUCGUUAAAUUGCACCUCAAUAAUUCUUCACGAAAUCAAAAUAUGAUUCUUUUCCCGGCAACCUUUGUAAGCACUUGCAGAAUUUCCCUACACAAUUCAUUCAUCAUACUACGCAAUUUGCUCGAGAAUCCCUCCGUCAAUCUCGUUUCCAAAGAUUUUAAAUUAAUGUUUAUGGGAUGGAGGUGUCACAUUAUUGGUACCUGCAAUGGAUUGACCUGUUUCGUCAAUUCUCCCGACGAGGUCAAUUCUCCCCACGAGACUGAAUUCUAUCUAUGGAACCCCUCAAUGAGGUGGUUGUCUCAAAAACUAGCCUCUUUUCUCCAUUCUCACCAGGAUCUUAACUCUUUGUUCAAAUUCUCAUUUGGUUAUGAUAAUUUAACCGACAAAUAUAAGAUGGUGGCAUUCCGUCCCAAUGAAGUCAGAGUCCUCACUUUGAAUGAUAAUGUAUGGAGAAAUAUUCAAAGUUUUCCCACAUAUCCUUAUGAGUAUCUCCGGGACCAUGAGAAUGCUGGCGUCUAUUUGAUUUAUAGUCUUAAUUGGUUUGCCCUUAGAGAUAUCCAUCCUUAUUAUCAUUAUCGUUAUACGGAUCUUAGUGUUCAACAAUUUGUGAUUAUCUCACUUGAUUUGGGAGUAGAGACCUACAUGCAAUUUCGGUUUUCUCGGGGUUUUGAUCAAGUGCCCGUUGUUGCCCCAAUUGUUUUUCACUUGAGGGAAUGUCUUUGUUUUUCUCACUAUUCCGUGGAAUGUAAUUAUGUUAUAUGGCAGAUGAAGAAAUUUGGAGUAGAAGAGUCUUGGACGAAAUUGCUUAAAUUUGAUUAUCAGAAUAUACUUGAUAGUGAUUCAUAUAGAGUUGUUAAUUUGUUGCCGUUACAUCUUUUUGAGAAUGGAGAUAUGCUGAUAUUGGCUCGCGAUCUUAAACAACUGAUUUGCUAUAAUCUGAAAGAAAAAAGAGUAGUGAAGCAAGCUGCAGCUACAAAUAGCAUAUGCUUACGUUGGCUUACUGUCUCCCAAUACGUUGAAAGUUUGUUGAAAGUAAGUUCUUCCAAUGAUUUACUUGUUUAA